AGAUCACAACGUGCAGUUCCAUCACCUGUCGGUGAAUGAGCCUUGUUUUGAGACCUAAAUUCAUCCUAACCAAUCCGCGUCUAAGUCUGCCGACAUGGACUAUAGUUUGCUCUCUACGCCGCCAUCGUGUUGCGCCGAUUUUGCUCUUGUUCCUAUUGGGACAGGCAACCCGUCGAUCGCCGCCGAGCUCGCAGAGGUGCAGCGAUAUCUCAAGUCUAGUGGGCUAAAGCACACAAUGCAUUCCACUGGUACCAUGCUCGAAGGCAGCUGGGAUGAAGUCAUGACGGUGAUCGGUAAAGCACACGCCGUGGUUCAUCAGCGUAACGUGGCAAGGGUUCAGUCGACGGUGACUGUCAGCACCAGGACCGAUAAGAGGGAGACAGCGGAGGGCAAGGAAGACCCGGUCGAGAGUGCAGCCUGAGAACCGAAAGAUUUGCACCUAGGAAGGAAUCAUAAGAAAAGGAUGGCGACCUCAAGUUAGAUCCUGAUGAUCAGUUUAGUCGUACGGCUUAUGUCGUUUCCAUUUUCCUUGAAGGCGAGGAUGAAAGUUGCCGAGUGGGCUGCACACAGAAAGUCGUUGGAGGCGACGUGGCUUGGAUUAGGUAAUGCCCGGGACUUGCGAAACUAUCGCCUCAUUGCAGACCCCCAGGCUUGGCUCUUUAAUUAUGAAAUCAAUACGUCUUGACGCGAGUCACCCACCAUAGUGCUUUUCACUUCUAGUGCAUUGAAAGGGACGCUGUCACUAUGAGAACUAGGGAGCUUUGAAGGUAGUUUGAGAUGAAGAAGGCAAUAGAUUUCAUCAAAC